GACAAGCUGAAGCGUGUGGAUCUGGAGCUGGAGGAGGAGAGGGGCACUGUGGAGCUGCUCACAGACCGCAUCAGCAGGAGCAGAGACCAAAUUGAUCAGCUGAGAGCUGAGCUCAUGCAGGAGAGAUCCUCCAAACAGGACCUGGAGCUGGACAAGAACGCCCUGGAGAGACAUAUGAAGGAGCUGAGAACUCGUGUAGCAGACAUGGAGGGCCAGUCUCGCUCCUCUGCCGGUCUCUCCCAGCUGGAGACUAAGAUCCAGGAGCUGGAGGAGAGACUACACGCUGAAGACAGAGAGAAGAACUCCUUGUUGGCCUCACAACGUCGUCUAGAGAGGAAGCUGAAAGACCUCAACAUGACCUUGGAUGAGGAGAGACACCAAGCCUCUGAACAGAGAGACCAGCUGUCCCUGCGUGUGAAGGCUCUGAAGAGGCAGGUGGAUGAGGGGGAGACGGAGGUGGAGAGGGUGGAGGUCCUGAGGAGGAAGACCCAGAGAGAGAUGGAGGAACAGGUGGAGCUGAAGGAGGCUCUGCAAGCCAGAGUCUCUGCACUGGAGACCGAACUCAAGAGGAAGACCCAGCAGCGGCAGGUGCUGGACUCUUCGGCCCUGAGCUCUGAGGAAGAGGAUGAAGACCUGUACGACCCCAGUAGCAUCAGCUCCAUUCUCACAGAGAGCCACCUGCAGACCAGCUCCUGCUAGGGGGUUGAGGGG